CUGUUUGCUUCGUCUGUUCGUCUCGCGCAAGGAAGAAGCCGCCUCAGCCACUGACUGUUUCGUGGGUUUCUCUUUCGCUUUGUGAAGCCUCAAAACCUUCUAAAACCCCUUUCACUAUUCCUAUGCAUCUUCUUCUUCUUAUCUAAUCCGUACUUCACCUUCAAUUGCUUCGAGUCUUAUUCUAACUGAAGGAGGAAAUGGCUGGAAAAUCGGGCAAGGGGAGGAACAGAAAAGGGUCCCAUAAUGCAUCCAGUGCUUCAGAAUCUGCAGUCCAUUCCGAUGUUCCUGUGAAGGAUAAUGUGGAAGUCACUUUGGAAUCAGCAAAAGCUGAUGCUGCUGAAGUUGCAGCUGGAGGCGAUUCUAUUGUUGCCAAUCCCGAGGUGAAGGAGAAUGAAACAGCAACUGAAGGGAGCCAACAAAAGCAAGGUGAUCUUCAACUUUACCCUGUUUCUGUUAAAACACAAACUGGGGAGAAGCUUGAGCUUCAGUUGAAUCCUGGAGACUCUGUCAUGGAUGUUAGACAGUUCCUCCUCGAUGCUCCUGAGACAUGUUUUAUUACAUGCUAUGAUUUACUUUUGCAUACAAAGGAUGGAUCCACUCAUCACCUUGAAGAUUAUAAUGAAAUUUCUGAAGUAGCUGAUAUUACUACUGGUGGCUGCUCCUUGGAAAUGGUUUCUGCAUUUUAUGAGGAUCGAUCUAUAAGGGCCCAUGUUCAUCGUACAAGGGAGUUGCUUUCCCUUUCUAACCUCCAUGCUUCACUAUCAACAUCACUUGCCCUACAGAAUGAGAUAGCACAUAAUAAAUCUGCAAAUUCAGGAGAUACCUUGAAACCUGAAGUUCCUGAGCUUGAUGGGCUUGGUUAUAUGGAGGACAUCGCUGGCUCAUUGGGUAAUUUAUUAUCGUCCCCAUUGAAGGAUAUUAAAUGUGUUGAGAGCAUAGUGUUUUCAUCCUUCAAUCCUCCUCCAAGCUAUAGAAGGCUUGUUGGAGAUUUAAUUUAUUUGGAUGUGAUCACUCUUGAGGGUAACAAAUUUUGUAUUACGGGGAGUACAAAAAUGUUUUAUGUCAACUCAAGCUCAGCGAACAAUCUUGACCCAAAGCCAAGUAAAGCUACUUUUGAAGCAACAACUCUUGUUGCUCUCUUACAAAAGAUUAGCCCCAAGUUCAAAAAAGCUUUCCGUGAAGUAUUGGAGGGUAGAUCAGCUGCCCAUCCUUUUGAAAAUGUGCAAUCUUUGUUGCCACCUAAUUCUUGGCUUGGAUUAUACCCUGUUCCUGCAGACCACAGACGCGAUGCAGCCAGGGCUGAGAAUGCUUUGACACUUCUUUAUGGCAAUGAACCAAUUGGCAUGCAAAGAGACUGGAAUGAAGAGCUGCAGUCUUGUAGAGAAUUUCCUCAUACCUCUCCACAGGAGAGGAUUUUGCGGGAUCGGGCACUUUAUAAAGUGACGUCAGACUUUGUUGAUGCAGCUAUUAAUGGCGCUAUUGGAGUGAUUAGUGGUUGCAUUCCUCCAAUAAACCCAACUGACCCUGAAUGCUUUCACAUGUAUGUGCACAACAAUAUAUUCUUUAGUUUUGCUAUUGAUGCUGACCUUGAGAAGCUGUCAAAGAAGCGUGUGGAUGCUAAUUCAAAAACUUGGAGCUCAGGCAAUUCGCAAAGUUCUUCUGAUAAAGCUUCCACUCUACUUCAUGGAGAAAGUCAGGUUCCUAAUGGGGGAAAAGAUGACGGUUCAAGUUCAGAAGAUCUUAAUGGCACAGAAAUUACUCAAGAUGUUUCUCCAGAAGCUCAGCUGGCCGAGAAUGAGCAAGCCACAUAUGCUUCUGCAAACAAUGAUUUGAAGGGCACAAAGGCUUACCAAGAAGCUGAUGUUCCUGGACUUUAUAAUCUUGCUAUGGCUAUAAUUGACUACAGGGGUCAUAGAGUGGUAGCUCAGAGUGUCUUACCAGGCAUUCUUCAAGGGGACAAGUCAGACUCCCUCUUGUACGGCUCUGUUGACAACGGAAAGAAAAUUUGCUGGAAUGAAGACUUUCAUUCUAAGGUGUCAGAGGCUGCCAAACGCCUUCAUUUGAAGGAACAUUUAGUCCUUGAUGGAUCUGGAAAUCUUUUCAAAUUAGCUGCACCAGUGGAAUGCAAGGGCAUUGUUGGUGGUGAUGACCGACAUUAUCUUCUUGAUUUGUUGAGGGUAACUCCUCGUGAUGCCAACUAUACUGGACCUGGUUCUCGAUUUUGUAUCUUGAGGUCAGAAUUAAUCAGUGCCUAUUGCCGGGCCCAAGCAGCAGAGAUAUUGAAAUCUAAGGAGAAGAAUCCUCAAGAGGCAGACAAUUUGGUCACUGAUUCCCAAAAUGCUGCCGAAGCUGAUCACCUGGUAAAUGAUUCCCAAAAUGCUGCUGAUGCUGACCAGCUGGUAAAUGAUUCCCAAAAUCUUACUGAUGCUGACAAGCUGGACUCAACAAAGGAAGAAAAAACUGAGGAUGUUAAAGUGCUUGCUUCUGUGACUACCAAAGCCUCUGAUGGUUGCGAGGAUAUUGUUUUUAAUCCCAAUGUUUUCACUGAAUUCAAACUUGCUGGGAGUCCAGAGGAAAUAGCAGCUGAUGAAGAUAAUGUUAGAAAAGUUAGUCAAUAUCUUACUGAUGUGGUACUUCCAAAGUUUAUACAAGACUUGUGUACACUUGAAGUUUCACCAAUGGAUGGCCAGACAUUAACUGAAGCAUUGCAUGCUCAUGGAAUUAAUGUUCGCUAUAUUGGCAAAGUGGCUGGAGGGACUAAACAUCUACCUCAUCUGUGGGAUCUUUGUAAUAAUGAAAUUGUUGUCAGAUCUGCUAAGCAUAUUAUCAAGGACUUAUUGAGAGAGACAGAGGACCACGAUCUUGCACCAGCACUAUCUCAUUUCUUAAAUUGCCUAUUUGGAAGCUGUCAAGCUCCCGGUGGAAAAGUUCCUGCUAAUUUCACGCAGUCCAAAACUCCUAGAAAGGAACAUGCAGGGCAACGGUCUCCAGGAAAACAUUCCAAAGGGCAGGCUCGGUGGAAAGGCAGGGCAUCUUUAAGAAAGACUCAACCUUUGUAUGCGAGUAUCAGCUCGGAAGUUCUUUGGUCAGACAUUCAAGAAUUUGCAAUGGUUAAAUAUAAGUUUGAAUUACCUGAUGAUGCUAGGUCUCAUGCCAAGAAAAUUUCUGUUAUACGUAAUCUCUGUCUGAAGGUUGGUGUAACUGUUGCAGCUCGUAAAUAUGAUCUUAGUUCCGCAACUCCAUUCCAAACAUCAGAUGUCUUGGAUAUCCGUCCGGUGGUCAAGCAUUCAGUUCCUUCCUGUUCAGAAGCCAAGGAACUUGUGGAAACUGGAAAACUUCAAUUGGCUGAGGGCAUGCUCAGUGAAGCCUACACUUUAUUCUCAGAGGCAUUCUCGAUUCUACAACAGGUUACUGGUCCGAUGCAUCGGGAGGUUGCUAAUUGCUGUCGGUAUCUUGCCAUGGUUUUGUAUCAUGCUGGAGAUAUGGCUGGGGCUAUUAUGCAACAACACAAGGAACUAAUUAUAAAUGAACGUUGUCUUGGUCUAGAUCAUCCUGAUACUGCUCACAGUUAUGGAAAUAUGGCUCUGUUCUACCACGGGCUUAACCAGACAGAACUUGCACUUCGCCAUAUGUCCCGUGCUUUGCUAUUAUUAAGUUUUUCAUCGGGGCCAGAUCAUCCUGAUGUUGCAGCAACAUUUAUCAAUGUUGCAAUGAUGUAUCAGGAUAUAGGAAAGAUGAACACAGCUCUUCGUUAUCUACAAGAAGCUUUAAAGAAGAAUGAAAGGCUUCUUGGAGAGGAACAUAUUCAAACUGCUGUUUGUUAUCAUGCUCUUGCUAUUGCAUUUAAUUGUAUGGGUGCUUUCAAGCUCUCUCACCAGCAUGAGAAGAAAACAUAUGAUAUACUGGUCAAACAACUUGGUGAAGAUGAUUCAAGGACACGGGAUUCGCAGAAUUGGAUGAACACAUUUAAGAUGCGUGAGCUACAGAUGAAUGCUCAAAAACAAAAGGGUCAAGCUCUGAAUGCUGCUUCAGCUCAGAAGGCUAUUGAUAUCUUGAAGGCUCACCCUGAUUUGAUACAUGCAUUCCAAGCUGCCGCAGUUGCUGGGGGAUCUGGAAGUUCAGGUGCAUCUGCUAACAAAUCUCUCAAUGCUGCAGUAAUGGGUGAGGCACUGCCCAGAGGAAGGGGAAUCGAUGAAAGGGCUGCACGUGCAGCUGCUGAAGUCAGGAGAAAGGCUGCAGCAAGGGGCCUGAUGAUACGUCCCCAUGGUGUACCAGUCCAAGCCUUGCCUCCCCUUACCCAACUUCUGAAUAUUAUAAAUCCAGGUGUGACUUCAGAUGCUGUGGACAAUGGAAAUGCAGAUCGGGUAAAGAAGGAAGCAAAUGACAUUCCUCCAAGUGAUCUAAUUGAUACCAAGAAAGGCCAAACAACUCCUGUGCAACAACAGGAACAAGCUCCGGUUGGUUUGGGCAAGGGCUUGUCAUCAUUGGAUGCAAAGAAACAAAAAUCGAAACCAAAGACUGGUGCUUGAAAUUUUGAGUUCAAAUAUUCUUUGUGAGAUGGUUGGAUUAACGGGUUACUUUUGCUCAGUUUUUUUCUAUGAAGAGGGUUGCAGCGAUCCGAAGUAAUUUUGUCUUUUUUUUUGUUGCCCUUUCUAUGUAGAUUUGGUAUAUUUAAACAUCCAAGUGAAUGCAAGUGAUGGUAAAGAAGUGCAUUAUUAUUUUUUCUUUUGGUCAAUUACUGGUAAUUUUUAAGUAAACUAUAUAUUUGGGGGAUACAGGGUAAUAACUAUGAUUUUGACAAUGAACCCUGUAACUAAUUGAAUUGACUGCUGAAUUGAGGCACAUUCAAUGCAUAAUCUACCUUGUAGAAAUUUUUGCUGCAAUUUUGUAUGACAUUAUUAUUAUUAAUAAAAUUGGUGACAUUUUCUGUGAA